ACCUCAUCACUUCAGGGUCCGACAUGUGAGGAAAGUGUACGUGGAUGCGACUCUGAGCCGUGUCGAAAUGGUGGACGUUGUCAGAACAUUCCCGGUGGAUUUCAAUGCUACUGUUCGCCGGAAUAUGGAGGCGAAACUUGCGACAAGGCUGUCAAGUGUCUUGUGGACGGUAGCUAUUGUCUUAAUGGUGGUCGGUGUGUUCGUGGAUUGUCGACAAACCAUUGCGAAUGUGCUGGCAAUUUCACUGGUACUCAUUGUGAACGCAGUACUGUCGUCCCGCUUCAGGAACCUUGCGAUUUGAAUCCAUGUCUGAAUGGAGGUACUUGCCACGUUGACGAUAAUAUCGCCAUAUGUGAAUGUCCGGUAGGGUUCGCAGGAGAGAACUGUUCGGAGCAGCAGGCAACAACCUCGUCAUCAUGUACGACCAAUCCAUGCCAGAAUGGUGGUAGUUGUCAAGCUGUGGGAGAUCCGCUAGAAGAUGGAUUUCUGUGCAGCUGUCCGAUUGGAUUCGAGGGGAACCUAUGCGAACAAGUGGCCUCCGAAUGGCAAUCUUCCGUUGAAGAGGUCACCCUACUGUCAACUGGUCCAAUGAGUUCCGACGUUGUGCCGACGACGACUACCUCGACUACCUCGACUACAUCGACAUCGACUACCUCAACUACAUCGACUACUCAACUACAUCAACUAUCACAGAUUGGCUGUGAUAUGUGCGUUCACUCGGACAGAUGCGUUGAGUCACCUUCGGGAGCGCUGUGUGUCUGCCAUGCAGGAUACCAGGGGAAUCGCUGCGACCAACCAGGAGAGCCGUGUGAUUUGGUGUCCUGUAUUCGUCCGCUGGUAUGUCAGCCUCUUAUCGCAGUCAGCGGAACUCGCACCACGUGCAAAUGCCCUAUAGGAUGGACUGGUCCCAAGUGUCUGCAAAACACUGCCGUGUCAUUCGACGAAAGCAGCUUAUUUAUUCAUCAAAGUCCUAGCGUUAUGAUUGGGUCCUCUUCCGGUCCUUUGCCGUACUCCUUAUCGUUUGCCAUGCGGACUACUGCUCCUACAGUGCACGUUGCAUCUGGGGAGAAUAUUUUUGGCCAGCAAUUGUUUUCUAUUGGUCUAAGCGAAGGACAAUUAGUGGUUACCGUUCAUGGAACUACUUUCAAUAAACUCAUCCCCUUCGUCAUUAACGAUGGUGCUUGGUAUGCCGUAAAACUAGAGAAAAGUGAUCAGGAUGUGCUUAUCUCUGUAAAUAAUGAAGCUGGUUAUCAAUUACUGUCACGUUCAUUGCCUCGUAUGACAUCAUUCGAUGUGUUUGCUACUCGUGUUGGAAAAAUUGGCGAUUCUGAAUACUUUGUGGGCUGUUUGGCGGAUUUCAGCCUUGACGAAGGCAACGCUAUUAACCUCGCCAUGUCCAGUAGAGGCACUGGUAUCACGCAAGGGUGUAAGCAUGAAGUGCAAUGCUCAAAAAAUCCAUGUCUCAAUGGAGGCUCAUGUCUUGAUUUCUGGACACAUUCCUCAUGCAUAUGUCCUCCACCAUUUCUUCCACCGUUGUGCAUGAAUUCGCUUCCGCCAAGCACAUUUGGCCAUCUCAACCAGACUUCAUUCGCCGAAAUAACCAUCCCUUCAGAGAUGUCACAAAGUCUACGGUUUUCCACUGCGAUCCAAAUGAUACUGAGAUCGAAUCAACCGAAUGGCACAGUGUUGUUUCUUGGAGAGACAGGCGACGAUUUGGCUACGUUUAUAUCCAUUUCAUUGGUUGACGGACACGUCGUUGUUCGCUCUCGCGCUGGUAGUAAAACUGUCCACGAGUUGAAGUCGCAUAGGGUGGUGACCGAUAACAAGGACCAUAUUAUACGGGUGCGACGUCAGAGGCGACAAGUAAAGCUGGAAAUUGAUGAAGUCCUCGAUUCGGAAGGGACUAUACCAUCACGAUUUGAUCAUCCAUUAUUCGCUGAGAGGCUUCAGCUGGGCAGCGGACGAAACGUAACAGAUGACGCUUUCACAAACGACAACACUUUCAAAGGAUCUCUGCAAGACAUACGAAUCAACGAGAAGUCGGCUGUUCUCCAUGAGCCCACUACGUUCGCUGUUGAACGGCUCGGCGAUGUUGCGGAUCUUGAAAAUGUACUUGAGGGCACAAUUUCUGAUGAUAUCUGUGGCAUGGCUGAUCAAUGUGUUCAUGGAUCAUGCCAAAACACAUUCAAUGACUUCGAGUGCCGUUGUCAGAAAGGCUAUUUCGGUAGAAGAUGUGAGCGUAAGGACCACUGCAUGGAUUCUCCUUGUCCAGCCGGAGGAACGUGCGACAAUGUUGGCAACGGAUAUAUAUGCACAUCACCAGUGACUUUGAAGACAGUUAGCACAGCUUCUUUCAAGAUGUCUGAACCUAUCGAAACGAGCUCCGUUGUGAAACUCUCUAUAAGAACCCAUUCUGAGAACGGACGCAUUUUGACUUUGAAGUCAGAAGAAGGUUCCUUCACGUUGUCACUGACAAAUGGACAGCCCGUUGUCAUCGGUGUAGUCCCCGUGCCCAUUCGAAAGACAAUCGCUGAUGGACAAUGGCAUAAACUCGAGCUUAAUGAGAAUGUUCUCUAUGUGGAUUCAGCAAGCUACGGUCUGCCCGAAAUGGCCCAACUACCUUCUCGAAUUCGUUCAGUCAUGUUGGAGUUCGGAGCUGUUGACGAACCUUCUUUUGAUGGUUGCCUCAAGGACAUUACGAUCGGAGAACUUCCACGUCUAUCUUUUUAUAAGGGCGAUGAAUUUGGUCAUCCUAGCAAUGUUACUUUCUGGAUGAUUGAUAAGCGUGUCAAGGUGGCCACGUCAUGCCUGUCAUCACAACAGUGUGGGGAGGCUUCACCCUGUAUUCGAGGUGAAUGUCAUGACUUGUGGAACGCCUACGCAUGUGAAUGCCCACAUGGAUUCGAAGGGACACAUUGUGAGGUAAAAAGGGACGAGUGUGCAAAAACUGAAUGCGGGAGAGGGCAGUGCGUCAAUGGAAUCGAAGGACCCAGGUGUCAUUGUGACCUUGGGUUUACUGGACAGACUUGUGACGUUGAGAUGGACUUGUGCUCCUUGAUCCCUUGUAAGAAUGCUGGUCUAUGCACUAGCUCCAACGGAAACUACACUUGUGAAUGCAAAUCAGGAUGGACCGGCAAGUCCUGCGACAUUCGGGACCAAUCGGUGUGCUCUGACAAAGCCUGUAACAACGGUGGCACCUGCGAAACUGAUGACGGCGGUGGAAUAAAAUGCAUUUGCAAGGCCGGAUUCUUUGGUAGAUUCUGUGAAGAGCGCAUAGAUCCCUGUGCAGGGAGACCAUGCGACCAUGGUUACUGUAAACCAUCAGAUUCAGCCGACUUUGAGUGCGAAUGCGAAGAAGGUUAUACUGGUAAAACCUGCUCGGUGCUCUCCGAUAUGUGCACGACAUCCUCAUGUAGUGGUCGAGGACGUUGCGCACCUGUAUGGAAUGCGACAAUGUGCACAUGUGACAAGCGUUGGAAAGGAGCCGCCUGUACUCAUCUUGUUGAUGAAUGUUUGUCGAUUCCUUGCGAGAACGAUGGCACCUGUGAGACAACCGAGGAAGGUUUCAAAUGUCAUUGUAGGAAAUAUUAUCUAGGUGACCGCUGUGAACUGCAAGGUACUUGUCUUACACAUCCGUGUGAAAGAGGUGAAUGCAUCCAGCUUUCAUAUGAUAGUCACUCCUGCAGUUGUCCUAAAGGCUACGAGGGAACGAGAUGCGAG